AUACUCAGAGGUUCAGAGUCUCAUUCAUAGUUUCUGAACCCUUAAUCUUGAGGUGUUCGUACGCUAGUCUUGCUAUUGGGUGAACCAGUGAUCGACAGCACAUCGCAUCUUCAACAUUACGUGCAUAAGAAUAUGGGGGCCGGGGAAAAAGUGCCGGCCGCAGUUGUGCGGUGGAUGGUGGUUGUGUAGUAAGUCAUCAAGGCUAACAACACCAUCAGUCACGACAAUUCUGGAAUGAUUGGGAAUAACGCAAAUCUACCACUGCUAUGUACCGCUGGUAUGUAAGACGGCUGCUCUCUUCCCCCGAUGGAGCAGAGCGUCAUUGCAUAUAGUGUUUAUACUCGAGAAACAAGGGGUAUCUUUUGAACAUCAACGUUGAGCUCUUACUUUCAACGACCAGGUUCUGUGUUCUCGAUACCGCUACCUUAGCCUCCUUACACAUAUCGCAUCAAAGAAACAGUCCACCAUGAGCCCUCCUACAGCACCUCCGCAAGGGCAAGCUGGUAUCUUGCCAGUAGCUAUUGGCGGCCCAGAGCCCGUUGGGGAAACGCUGGCGAUUCUCGGAUGCGGUAUUAUGGGAACCGCGAUACUUCUCGGGGUUCUCUCUGCCCAGAGUUCCCGCUCAAAAUCAGAUGGAGCAAACUUGCUGCCAAGUCGGUUUAGGGCUUGCGUAAGACGCCCUGAAUCGGCGGAGAGCAUUCGUGCCCAGUUACCGUCCCAAACACUAGAGUCUACCGUGGUUUUGCACACGAAUGAUAAUGUUUCGGCUAUUCGACAAGCUGAUGUAGUGCUAUUGGCCUGCCAACCUCAUCUCUUUAAGCCUGUUCUCGAAGAGCCUGGUAUGGCCGCCGCGCUUAAGGGCAAGCUGAUUAUGUCAGUGCUUGCAGGUGUAACCUCAGAGGAUAUCGAGGACCAUCUUGAAUCUGUCGCCGCUCGUGAUGAACAGGCGAAGGACGCCUGCAAUGGUGCGUUCUCUGUGGUCCGCGUCAUGCCUAACAUCGCCUGCGCCGUGCAAGCUUCCAGCACCGUGCUCGAGGUCCGACCCCCUCAACACCCACGACCUCUAUCCGAGCACUUCGUAGCUACGGCUCAUGCGAUUUUCUCAUGUGUUGGAGCCGUCCACAAGACCUCGCCCGAUACAUUCGCGAUCGGUACUACGCUCAACGGAUCUACCCCUGCCUUCUUUGCCAUGGUUAUCGACGGCUUGGUAGACGGAGCUGUGGCCCUCGGGCUCUCCCGCAAAGAGGCAACGCAGAUGGCCGCUGCCACAAUGAGCGGAACAGCCGAUCUGAUCCUAAAAGGUAAAUCAACGCAGGACCUGCGUUAUGAAGUGGCUUGCCCUGGCGGCUCUACGAUACAAGGCAUCCGGACGCUCGAGGAGGCACGUACCAGAGCCGUUUGGAUGGAUGCCAUGCGGGCAUCAACGUCAGAACAGAGUGGUCUGGGCGAUGGGCUGAAAGUACAGCGGAAAGCAGCGUGAAAACGCUGGGUUAUUUGGAAUGGAGAAUUGGGAGGGCAGAGUGCUGGUCAACUGAAUCCACUCCGCAAUUCGUAUAUAUAGAAUUGAUGAAUGAAAUAUUGUGUUAAAGAGAAUAUGUGUUAAUUAUUGCUGAGAUAUCACUCAGUGUUGUUACCUGCAACAAUGACCGUGCUAGCUUCGCACCUGGGUCUUGAUUUUGAAUCGGAGUUAUA